AUGAUGAAACACUUCAACAAGCUGCGGGCACCUUUAUACUCUAUCCACGAGUAUCCGUCGCUGACAGACCAGGAGAAGCGUUUCAAGAAUGCAGGGUGGAAUCAAGCGCAGGCGAGAAAUCUCUGGGAUCUUUGGUCGGACGACAAAUUUUUGAGUGGUUCAUUGAGAAGCUCGUUGGAUGCUGUCGAACCGUUUGAUGAAUGGGAAGAAUUCGCUCUUUUCGCGUCUCAUUAUUUUCUUUUGAUGGCAUCUACACGGCAGCCCGAUGCGGAUACUACUUUAGAGCCGACUGAAAAGCUAUAUUCACGGUGCAGCACAUUUUGCCCGUUUGUUUUGCUACCCCAAUGCCCCUCGGGAAGUGACCAGCGAAAGUACGGCGCCGUAGUGCCGGACAGCGAGGACUCUGUGGGAUAUCAUGGGGGAUUAGGGCGCCAGUCACGGCUGGCAUCGACGGACUUUUACGCAAGCUCUGGAGAUAUCAGCAAACCAUUUCAUCCAUUUCCUCCGCGGAAUAUUCCAGCACGCAUGUCUCAUACCGUCACCCCUUUGGCCGGUAAUGAUUGCAUAUUGGUUGGUGGUCGAGCCUCUCCAGCUUCGGCUCUCAAAGAUUGUUGGCUGCGACAGGCAAACGUGUGGCGCCCUACACACAAUCUUCCAGCUUCUCGGUUCAGACACAGUGCUUCAAAUGUAACCAUAAACGGUAGCAUCCAAAAGGUUAUUGUUUACGGUGGGAAAUCCAGCAAUGGCAAUACGCUGGAUAGUUGGCUCCAAUGGGACGAAGGGAGCGGAUGGCAAGCCCUUGAGACAGUUGGAGCUGGUUCCAAACCUGCCGCUCGGUUUGGGGCUUGUAUGGUAAACAUUACAGAGACAUCUGGUGUCAUGUUUGGUGGGAUCGGGCAGGAUGGAACCAUUUUGCAAGAUUUCUGGACGUGGAAAACGUGUUGUCGGAGUGAUGGGUCCAUAUUUGUCGAAUUGAGCGACCGGACAGAAAUCAUGCGAUCCGCAAUGCCUCUGUUUCAGUACAUCAACCGAUUCGGGGCUACUGUCAACAACACCUCGUGGGGCUUAGCCAUCAUUGGUGGCAUCAUUCCUCGAAAGACGCUUCCUCUUGACAAGGAGAUUAUGGUCCUGGAUGCAAUAGAGCUAUUGCGUUGUCUUGACUCUACAGUACCUUUGACCCACACGGUAGUGUCUGCGAUCGGUCUUGGGGCUGAAUUCACAGGGCGACGGCCUCUCCUGAUCGGUCAUGCUUCUUGCGCUGUCAAUCCAAACCAGGUCCUGAUACUCGGUGGCGGGGCAGUAUGUUUUUCCUUUGGGACUUUCUGGAACGAAGGGGCCUGGCUUCUGAACCGUGCAGAUUCGAGAGUUACGAAUACGUGGUUCAUGAUGCCGGAAAUUGCGGAAACCGCUAAAGAUGCAAUAGAGCCAGUGCCCGGCCUUGAGAGCGAAAGAUCCGGAAAAGUCGAAAUCACGUCAAUUCCUCGUGUUAGGGUUGAAGCAGCUUUCCAGUUUCAGCAGAUUGUGGCCGCUGGCAAGCCAGUGGUUAUUGAAGGAUGUGAUAUCGGGCCCUGCACUUCGCUUUGGACGAAAGAAUACAUGAUUAAUGCCGUCGGUCGCGAUCGUAAGGUCAUCGUACAUGAAGCACGAUCUGAAAACAUGAACUUCCAAUCUAAAAACUUCGACUAUGUAACCAAAGAAUUCGGGAUCUUUAUGAAUGAGGUGCAUGAAGGUGGUCGUCAGUAUCUACGAACAAUUUCCGCCGAGCAGCCUAGCAAGCUCCCUGCAAAUCUUGCUACGGACUUCCCAAGUCUGAGCAAUGAUUUCCAGCUACCGGAACCGCUGUCGUUGGUAACCGACAAUGCCCAUAGCUCUCCACUGAGGAUAUCAGGCCCGGUGGCGCUUUGGCUCCAUUACGAUGUAAUGGCAAAUGUUCUCUGUCAAAUUCGUGGAGAGAGACGCCUCAUAAUAUUUCCUCCUCAUGAUGUUCAGCACCUACACAUCCCCGCAGGAGCCUCGAGCUCAACGAUCAACAUAUUCCAAGAUCUUGAGAAUGUAUCAAUUGCAUCCAUCCCAAACACAUCGCCACAUGAGGUCAUAUUAAAGCCGGGGGAAAUUCUGUUUAUACCUCCCCUGUGGCUGCACACUGCAUCUCCAACAGGGCAGGUAACUGUCGCAGUUAAUGUCUUCUUCCGCAAUCUUCCAAAGGGAUAUGCCUCUGGCAGGGACGUCUACGGAAAUCGUGACCUGCAUGCGUACGAGAAAGCGAGAACCGACUUGCAGAAAAUCGCAAAGUCCUUUGAAUCACUUCCUCAUGAUAUGGCCCGUUUUUAUUUAAUGAGACUUGCUCAAGAACUGCAGGAAAAGGCGAGAGUCUAA